UAAACAAAUCGUGCUUGAAGACAGAUUCGAAAUCGCACUGACGCUUCAGAAAAAUCAUAAACCGAAAAAAAUAAUAAUAAAAUAAACUAAUAAAAAACGAAUCAUGUUGAGAACCUAUAAAAAUUUAGUGUUAUUUUUAUGUUUCAGCGGUUAUUGGAUGUGGAUAGCCACACAAGGCAUGGAAACAUUGGAUUCGCCGGCAGUACAUCAAUUAAUAACUGAAUUACCCGAUUCGAUUCCCACCUGUCCCGAAGACAGUAGCGUCGAUAAGUGUAUUACCGAUGCCUUUAAUUACAUGACACGUAGCAGUGUUAAGGGCGUUCCCGAACUGAAUAUACCACCCAUCGAUCCGGUGCGCAUCAAUAAAUUAAAUAUACAAUUCUCAAAUAAUUUGAUACGAGGCAAGGCGGCGAUACGCAACAUAACAGCGACCGGCAUCUCCAAGGGUGUCUUCGAGAGAGUCCACUAUGAGCGCAAGGGAAAAGACAUUAAGUUGGAUGUGAAAUUCCAUUUGCCACUGCUGAAGGUGACGGGGAAAUACCGAGCUGAGGUUGUGAUCAAUAAUGCAAAGUUUUCCUCGAAGGGCCUGUUCGAUAUAUCGCUGAUUGAACUGAGAUCAAAUGCGGAACAUCUUGCCAAACUCUAUGAACGUGAUGGUCACACGUUUUUGGAAAUGACCAGUGUUGAUGUGGAACCCACACUGGGUGACAUGAAAAUCUAUGCCAGUGGUUUGGUGCCCGAACCGGCUUUGAAUGCCGCCCUCUUGGAAAUUGUCAACAGCCAGUGGCGUACGAUUUACAGGUCUGCUGUCCUCUCGACCAGACCCUCCUGGCUGCCAAUUGUUGUGAACUAUACCAAUAACUUUUUCUCGCAUUUACCCUUCGAUUUGUUAAUAACAAAUCGCAAGGAAUAGUUUAUUUGCAUUAGUUCUUAAGAUCAUGUUUAUUUUAAUGUUUACAUUUUUUUUUGUUAAUUUAGGCGAACCUAUAUUUAAGACGUUAUUAUAAUCAUUUAGAUAUGUAGGAUAUUUUUGGGAAAGAAAUAUUUGAUUAUCAUAAAAAGGGUAUUA